CUAUCUCGGAGUAUGAACAGCGAAGCAGUAAGUAGACCUAGUUAUUGGAUCUCUUUUCAAAUAAUUACCGGAAGAUCUUCUUCAUAUUUUUAUAUUUAGAUGCAUAAUCGAUCUAGAUAUCCCAGACAAUUCUAAAACAUUCGUUUUGCGUUAUCCACAGAACCGUUUACAUGUCUGGGCUGAUGGUGUUUUGGGGUCGCAGAACCAUGCCAUGCCAUGCCACAUCAACGCAACAGAAGGGAAGGUGUUUAACAUCAACUUUUUCUAUAGAAUAAACCAAACAAUAUUAUAUCCAUCCCGAGGUCCUCAAGGUAAAGUAAUCAAAAUCUAAACCUUUAUCAAAAUCUUCUUUUCUCCACACAAAAGCGAAACCUUGUCGCAGAUCCGUCAAUUUAAUCUCUUCUACGCCGAGGUCCUCCGUAAACAUUCACAUGUUGAUUAAGGAGCUUCGUGAGCCUCAAAGAAUCCCUACAACCCUCCACCGAACAACACCACUCAUGCGACGACCAUAAUCAAAACCAUGGAUCCAGCACCCAGUGGUGCUCAUGAAGCUCCCAAACAGCCUCGCAAUCGAAUUUCAGCCAAAUCAACUGCUGAUCCUAUCCUCCGAAACGCCCUUCGGUAUACCAUUUCCGCGAAAGAAUACGAAACACUACAUAAAUAUAUAAUAUCACGAUCGAAAGUUCUAAAGAGAAAUGCACCCACAGUUACAAAGGUAGAGAAAUUGGUUGAAAGACCCGGUCGCGAUGAUUAUAAUGCUGCGGCUGUGAGGGGUAGUUUGAGGUUAUUCCUUGCUACGAAUGCGGGAUUGAAGAUAUGGAGUUUAUUUACAGAAAAGUUUAUGGGAGCUGGGAAAGCUGGGUAUGUUUUUUCUAUUCGUAUCCUUGAAGAAAGAAGAUGAGUUGAGUCAAAGCUAAACGAUACUAUAGAGGAAAGAAGGUCUCAUUAUGGAAGUCACCAAACUUCCGCCUCUCGCUUUCCCUUUCCAGUAUCCUCCUUUUCCAUAGAAUCCUCUUCCGAUUCUUCACUCGACUUCGCGCACAUCUUCUUACACCCGAUGCUCAACCUUUCAGACAACGAAAUCCGAAAACAAGUAAAACUCUCACAUCGAGUUUGGCACCAGCAGUUGGAGCAAGUUUGGCUGGGUUUAUGUUGGCAGUUUAUCCAAGUGAUCAGUUGAGACUUACAAUUGCGAUAUAUGCUUUGAGUAGAGCGGCAGAAAUAUCAUAUAAUUUGGCUGAAGAUGAGGGGUGGAUUUGGGGAAAGGAGGGAAGUAGAUGGGAGAGACCUUGGUGGUGGGGAAGUUGGUUACUUUUCCCAUUGACUUGUGGACAAUUGCUUCAUGCUUUUGUUUUUGAUAGAGAUUGCUUUCCACAGGUAUGGAUUUCAGUCAAUUUUGCAGGGAAUGAUGCUAAUUAUGUGAAGCAAUAUGGAGAUUUCAUUCUCAAAAACUCUCCUCAGUACAUUCAAUCACGACCGGAAGAUCGUCCUGCCAAUUUACCAUGGCCAAGUACUUACGACAUCGUUGAUAAUCUUGCCGAAAUGGCACGUCUUAACUACCCGUACGUUAUUACCCAUUUACAAUUUCACACGCGGCUAGCUAACUUCUAUCCUAGACCAUUCGUAUCUCCCAUCCUCUUCCCCAACAGUCCUACUCUUCCCCAAUCCCUCAGUGCCAUUUCCCCCAUAACCUCUCCAGCCCAUCCAUUAAUAACAUCACUCACAUGCGCCACUCUCCACCCUUCCGACCCUUCCUGUCUCCGUACAUACCUCACCUACUGGAUUCAAGUCUUCCCCCGUCUUGCCCGGGUCUUCACCAUAAUCCUCUCCCUCUUCUCUCUCCCCUCCUACCGUAAAUUCUACAAUUCCCCCAUUUCCUCCCUCAACGCCCUCGCUAUCCGUAUCCUUAAAUCUACCCUCUAUAUCUCCGGCGCCAUCGGUACCAGCUGGGCUAGUAUCUGUGCUUUCCAAUCAGUUCUCCCAAGAGAAGUUCUACCUACUCAAAGAUUCUUUCUAGGUGGUGCAUUAGGUGGUCUUUGGGGAUUCGUUGUUAGAAAAGAUGCGAGAAGCGAAUUCCUAUACAGUGCAAGAGCAUCCAUGGAUUCACUCUGGAAAGUUGGCAAAAAGAGGGGUUGGUGGAAGGGAAUUAAGGGUGGUGACGUGGGAAUUUUCGUCAUUAGUUUGAUGGCUAUUGAGAUGGCUUAUGAGAGAGAUGGAAGAUCAUUGAGGAGUGGGGCGUUGAGGAAGUUGGUCAGUGGAAUGAGAGGAGAAGGAUGGAGAGAUUAUGUAGGUGAGGAGGAGAAGAGGCUCAUAGAGGAGAAGAAGUUGUAGAGUUUUAGCGGGAGACGGGGAGGAUGUUAUAUAUCAAGGCCAGUUGCCUAAAGAGCUAUUUUCUAUGACUAGGUAGUCAAUCUUACACAUUUUUAACAUUUAGAUUUUUGCUUGAAUGUGACUUGGCUGCUUUUGUAGCAUUUCGCAGAUUAUUUUUAUUAGCAUUCAAUGUUCAUUACUAGGUAUAUAAAUAAAAUCAAAUAAACUUAGAUCAGUAACCUUCAGUAACCUAGUUCGUAUACAACAACAAAAAGAAGAAGAAGAAUGAGA